GAGGAAGUAAUCGACCUGCCACUCCUCUGCACUUCAGCCCUCGCCAGCUUACCCUUUUGCAGCUUCAGGCCUGGGCAAAGCGAGCUUUCGGCAGCGACAGCGACGAGAUUCUGCGAGGCGAUCGGCGGAUCGUCCUGGUCCUGGACGGCCUGGACGAAGCCGCCAUGGCGAGGCGACGGAUAAUCGAUUGGCUCGAGCAGUGGCUGCAGGCAAACGGCCACCGAUGCAUCUGCACCAUCAUCGCCUCUCGGCCGUCCGGGACCAACCAGGUGCUGGCCAGCGAUGGCAGCGCUCGCGAGCCGGCGACAUCCGUGGUGCUCUGCCAGUUCUCCGAGACGUCGCUGCUGACCCAGGAGCCGCUUCCGGUCUCCUCCCACGUUCGGCUGAACGACGGCACUGGGCAGAGCCUGGGAGCUGGCACCGUCCUCUCCUGCGACAAGGAAUUUCUGCUGCAGAAGGAGGAAGUGAACGGCCUGGAGCCCGGGGUGCACUCCCUGAAGGUGCGCCGCAAGGAUCCGAAGAUUGUCUUCUCCGCCGUGGUGUCGGUGGACUACGCCGACCGCUCCAGUGCCCAGCUGAUCCUGGAGCGGGCCUGCAGAACCGCCGGUGGCGAUCCGAAGAAGCAUCAUUGGGUGUUUGUGCGCUGGGCCGACGGCGAAGUCUGGGAGGACUCCAAGCCCAUCCUCUACGACCAUAUGCUGACGUGGCCCACGGGCGCCUUUCCCUGCCGUGCCAUCCUGAAGACCGACGAAGACGCACCCGACCGCAAAGUCGAAGACGUGCAAGUGAGCCUCCGUAAGACGUCGGCCGGGAUCUUGCUGGUGGGAGACUUGGAGCCAGGCGAUGUGGUCGAGCUCGGGAGCGAUGGGCCACAGAGAGAACUCCUGCCUCUCGACCGUUGCUUCCGGGUGGUCCUGAACGCGGAGGUCCCACGCUGCCCAGCGAGUCUGGCCGAGCUGGGCUUCGCCCCGCUGGAGAUCCUGCCGCUCUGUGCUCCCGUGGCCUCGAGGAUCUCGAAGUUCGGCGAGGAGGAGCUGCGAGCACUCCCCGAAGCGGUUUGGCGGACGCCCCUGAUGGCCAGCAUCCUGGGCACAUAUCCUCGGGGCCAGAAGGAGGAAGAUCUCGACGGCGCCACGGCAGAGCUGGUGCUGAUGGAGCACGCGGUUGCAACGCUGCUGAAGCAGGCAGAGGAGCGGGCCGGCUGCAAGGGGCUGCGAGCAGAGCUGGGCCCGCUGUGCUUGGCCAAGCUCCAGGCGGGCCAGCGGCUGCUGUGGGAGUCGGACUUCACCAGCAAGGUGAUCUUCCAGGAAGCGCAGCUCGGGCACUUGAGAUUCUUCGAGCCGGCUGGUCAAGCGGUGCAGCUGUACCACCUGCGAAUGCAGGAGUUCCUGGCGGCAGAGGCCCGGUUGGCGGGUGCCCAGGCGCCGGCCUGGAGAGAAGCCUUCGCCGAAGCGCAGCAGCAGCCGAUGCUGCGAGGUGCCCUCCGCUUCUGUCUGAUGAUGCAGACGGCCCACGCGGCGGAGGCGGAGAUCGACCUUGGAAGAACGGCGUUGGUCGCCGCGGACGCGGAGGCUUUCCAAGGAGCCCUGCUUUGCACCGAGAAGCUGGCGCUCAACUUGGGUGGGAGCCGCCUGGGCCCCGAGGGCACCAGCAGCCUGUCCUCUGCGCUGCCCAAACGGCUCCGACAGCUGCGGCUGGACCUGCGUGGGAACAGCAUCGGCAGGGGAUCCCAGCAGGGUUCCUCGGAUGGCCAGGAAGGUUCCUCCCGCCGUGCAAGAGCUUGA